AGCUCGGCAGGAAAUGCCUGGCAUGAGGGCACGGCCGGGCUGGGGGCGCCCGUGCCUGCGCCCUUGACAGUGACUCUGAGCCAUGCACUGGACCCACGGAGCCGAUGAGAAUAAGAGAAUAAGAGAAAGAAAUAAGAGAAAGAAUAAGAAUAAGCAAGUUGCCCACUUUUAUACAGCUGGUAGGUGUGGAUUCCUGCUCCCCCCUGGCCAGCGCUCCCUGUAAUCACACAAUGGGAUUGUAAAGGAAGACGCUUCUGGGAGCUCCUUUGCAGCUUGCACUCUGUGGAUGAUGGGUGACGACGGUCCCUCUGAACACCCCAAACCCGUGGAAUUUCUUAACGUCUGUUUGGGAGACAGCCUGCAGCCCCACCCAGAAGUGCAACUGAGGGAAACGUGCAGCCCCCCUGACCCUCCAGAACCUUGUGGGGAACAGACCCCGGCCUUUGACCCUCCUGUUCCCAUCAGGCAAAAUGCUCCUCCUGCAGACUCCUGUGCUGAGCCCACACAGCUGGGGGACAACUCUUCCCAGGGUAGCCUACAGCAGGGCCAGAGCAGCUCCACCCAGGUGGUGUUCUGGGCAGGCAUCCUGCAGGCCCAGAUGUGCGUUUUGGACUUGGAGGGGGAACUGGAGAAGACAGAGGAGCUCAGGGCCGAGCUGAGCUGCGGCUUCCCCACUACUCCUGCAGACCUCCCAACUUCCUCCGCUAGCCCCCCAGGCCCCUGGGACUCAGGCCUCCACCCCAGCCCAUCUGCGGAAGAGUCCUCUGGGGAAGACAGCAGUGGGCCUGAGGGGGAGACUCAGAUCCCUGUGUGUUCCAGGGAGGGAACGCCAGGCUCUUCCCCAGAGUGGGGUCCUGAAGAGGAGAGCUUGUUCUUCGACAACCCCCUUUUCCUGGAAAGCCCUUGUUCGGACACGAGUGCUUCUGAAGCACGCUUUUCCUGGGGCUUCUCAACGUCCCUUGAGGAUGUCAGGACUAGAAUUGAGAGCCCACAGACGCAGGAGCCUCCACUCACAGAAGCCAGAGAGCCGUUGGAGCCGGGGAACGAGCCUGAUUGUGGGGGUGGCACCGCUAAUUCCAGUGGGCACACCACCCCUCCAUUCCCUGUGCCCAUCUACAGAACACACUCCCUUUCCUGGGCCACACCAGACAUCACCGAGGGGGCUCCUGUAUUACCUCCUGGCGAGGAGGAGAGUGAGACUGGUCUGGGAGAUAGUCUUAACCCUGCGCCCUCUGCAACACCCUGUGCAGACAAAGCAUCGCCCUGGGAAAUGGAACACGCUGGAUCUGAACCUAGCUCUGCCACACAUGCUGUGCAACCUUGGGCCCAGCCCAGCUCUGAGGACUGGCAGACAGAAGAGGGUCCUCUUCUCCCCGAGGGCAUAGGUGACAGGGAUGCUGAGUGUCCCCAGGAGUCAGCUUCCUACGCUCUGGCCCCCAGCCCCUGGGGGAGCCCAACCACUUCGCCGGAGCCUCGCAGCCCUGAGUCUGAGAGCAGGGGCCCCAGCUCCAGACCCAGCCCAGUGACGUCCCAGCAAGGCAGCCCACAACACCAGAGCUGCCCCACAGGCACUGCUCUUCCCGAGCGGACACUAGAUGCUUCGUGCCCUUCACUCUUGGAGACAGAUGGGGCAGAGCCAAGUUCCCUGGAGAAAGAGGAGGAAGGAGAGACCCCAGACCCAGAGAAGGAAGUGAGCAGCGAGGGCCCAGCGGGGCCAGCAGCUGGAGUCAUGCAGCCUGACGCCCCCUUGACUCCCACGGGAGGGCUUCCCGAGGACCCCGUGCCCCAAGCCCACUUCCCAGUGGAAGGCCAGAAGCCACAGGCUGGAGACAAGCUGGCUAAUGGUGUCAGCAGUGAGAAAGUGGCCUGGAACUUGGCCUCUCGCCUCUAUCACCUGGAGGGCUUCCGGAAGUCUGAAGUGGCUGCUCACCUGAGGAAGAACAAUGACUUCAGCAGGGCUGUGGCUGAGGAGUAUUUGUCCUUCUUCCAGUUUGGCGGCCAGAGCCUGGACCGUGCCCUCCGGGGCUUCCUCCAGGCCCUGGUGCUGAGUGGGGAGACUCAGGAACGGGAGCGAAUCCUCUACCAGUUCUCCAGACGCUUCCAUUACUGCAAUCCCGGGGUCUUCUCCUCAGUAGAUUCCGUCCACACCUUGACCUGUGCCAUCAUGCUCCUUAACACAGACCUGCACGGACAGAACAUCGGGAAAAGCAUGAGCUGCCAGGAAUUCAUCACCAACCUGAAUGGCCUGCGGGAUGGUGGCAACUUCCCGAAGGAGCUGCUGAAGGCCCUCUACUGGUCAAUCCGAAGUGAGAAGCUAGAGUGGGCAGUGGAUGAAGAAGAUGCAAGCAGGCCUGAGAAGGCCCAGUCAUCUCCCCUGGCUGGCAAGAUGGGCAGCCCCUUCCUCCAGCUAGCCCAGGACCCCACCGCGCCCACCUAUAAGCAGGGCAUCCUGGCUCGGAAGAUGCAUCACGAUGCAGAUGGCAAGAAGACGCCAUGGGGCAAGCGCGGCUGGAAGAUGUUCCACACCUUGCUGCGAGGGAUGGUCCUCUACUUCCUGAAGGGAGAGGACCACAGCCCUGAGGGGGAGAUUUUGGUGGGGCAGAUGGUGGAUGAGCCCGUUGGGGUGCACCACUCGCUGGCCACCCCCGCCACCCAUUACACCAAGAAGCCGCAUGUCUUCCAGCUGCGGACUGCAGACUGGCGCCUCUACCUCUUCCAGGCACCCACUGCCAAGGAGAUGAGUUCUUGGAUCACUCGCAUCAACCUGGCCGCUGCCACACACUCGGCGCCACCCUUCCCUGCAGCCGUGGGCUCCCAGCGCAGAUUUGUCCGGCCCAUCCUACCCAUGGGCCCUGCCCAGAGCUCUCUGGAAGAGCAGCAUCGAUCCCAUGAAAACUGCCUGGAUGCUGCCUCAGAUGACCUGCUGGAUCUGCAAAGGCACUUACCAGAGCGGAGGGGCCGCAGCCGAGAGCUGGAGGAUUACCGCUUGCGGAAGGAGUAUCUGGAGCAUGAGAUAACCCGCUAUGAGACGUACGUGCAGCUGCUGGUGACCCGUUUGCACUGCUCCUCGGAUGACUUGGACCUGUGGGAAGAACAGCUGGGGAGGGAGGCUGGAGACCUGCAGGAGGCCAAGCCCAGCCUGAAAAAGUCCCACUCCAGCCCGUCUCUGCACCAGGAUGAGGCCCCUACCACGGCUAAGGUGAAGCGCAACAUCUCAGAGCGUAGAACCUACCGGAAGAUCAUCCCCAAGCGGAACCGCAACCAGCUGUGAAGCCAGCACUGCCACUCACAGACACUGGCCCCUGCUCUGGGUUGGACCAGAGAUGAAACUCUGCAGAGCAGCCUUGUCUCCGUGCAUCCUUGAUGGGGGAGCGGGCCCUUUCCUCCCGGCUUCUCUUUCCCAGUGAAUAGCCCAUUUCCCCAUAGUCCUCAUCUCUCCCUUGCUCACUGGAGCUUCCCAGCACUGCUGUGCCUGCCCCUCAGGCAGUCCCUGGGCACUCCAAGGGAGGCAGGAGAUUGAGAAUUUGGCUCCAUUCCCAGAGUGUGUCCCAUGUCACCCUCCACCCCUCUGGAAUCCAGAGUGACCUCGUUUCCUGGGCCUGGGGACAGUCAGUAUUUUUUUGAGAAUCAGUUUGCCCUGUCCUGGGCUGCUGGAGAGAAUGAGGCAGCAGAGGUCUUUGGGCAGUCAGCGAGGGGAGCCCCAUCCCUAGGGGUGGUCUUGCUCUGGGCAGCAGGCGACCUGCUGCUAGAGAGCCUGGAGAUGCCGGCCAGCCUCCUGUGACAGGGAGCAGGGCCACUCAGCCCUGCAUGGGGGGGACAGCCUUCUGAGCAGGGCAGGGCUUCAGGUGGCCUACUGGCGGGGGGCAACCAGGUGAGGUUGACUGGGGCCUGUGCCUUUUUCUCCUUCUGGUUCCUUUCCCUAUAGUCAUCCAUGCACUAGGGGCUGACAGGAGGCCCCAUCUCACCCACCCAAUUGCUGAUCAACACACCGCACUGAUGGAGGUCAGUGAGAGCCAGAAGGGGUGUGGUCUCCAGAGCACUGUAGCGGCUGGGAACAAGGGGCCUUUGUUUCCCAGGCCACGGAAGGAGAUUCUUCGGGUACAGACCCCAGGAAGCUGAGAGUAAGAGAUGGUGGCACAUUACCCUUGGGGGUUCUCUGGACAAGAGCCCAGGCUCCCUUCUCAGACCCCCAUUCCUUACAGCUCCAUUCCUGAAGGCUCCAGGACCCCUUUUUGCCCUCCCCCGGCCAGCACAGGGGCUUUGCUGGCCUCCCCGGAAGUCUCCUUGUGCACCCUCUGGCUGCCUCCCAGCUGGGCCUGUUCUCGGGGGAGGUUCCGGAGGCUGAGGGUCCUGAGGCUCUGCCUGUGGGAAGGAGGCUGGGCUGGAGGAGCAGCCACCAUUGUCUCUGUUCAGCCAAGUGUGCGAGCAGGCUGCCUGCCCGCCGCCUGCUGGCUGACGCACUGCCUCUCCCUUCCUGCCGGCGCCCUCCUCCCUUCCAUAAUUGUAAGCAGCCCGGGGCCUGGAACGUCACCACGUGGGGCUGACCUUUGGAGACAUGAAGAGUCCUGAACCAGGGCCCAGAGCUGGACCAUGCACCCAAUGGGUGCGCAAUAAAAACAAGCCAAAGAAGGUGUGCAGGAGUGUGUGCGGAGGGGAGGGUCAGGCAGUUCUGGGUAGCUGGGGCUGCCUCCGGGUGACUUUUCUCUGAAUGCCUAUGUGUGUCUGUAUAUAUGCGUCUGGUGUGUGUGUGUGUGCAUGUCUGCAUGUGUGUACAACACUUUGUGCAGGGGUCACCCAUUUAUAAGCCUAUUAAAGCUGGAGGGGACCUCAGA